CAUUUCCCAAAAUGCUCAGUCAUUGGCCACACCCUUGACCCUGUGACUCAAGCAUUAUCUGAUCAGCUGAUCUGACCUGGCAACAACAUUGAACACGAAACUCCGCUUGGGAGGGGGCUGAUGAAACAAACAAUGACAAAGCUAGGAAGGAUUUCAGUGCAAUAACAUAUUUUAAUGACUCCUGAAUCGGACAGUGCCAUUUAUCGUCGUACGUUUUGUUUUAGUGUUGACGGAUCCGCUGUUAUCGUACCAUUCGGGCUAUGAUAUUACUGUUAACCGAGUUCACUAAAAGACGAGUAGCUAGCUUGGAUAACAGAGGUACUCUAACAGCUACUGUCAAUACGCUUCUACAAAUAGCCCGUUUUAACAGACAGUGGCGGUUUGUGUAAACAUCUUUAGGUUUUGUCUUAUGAAACUCGUAAUAUCACGUUUAUGUCAUUAACGGAAUAACGUUAUUUUGUACGAAAUAAGGUAUUGUUUAUGUCAAUACGGAGUUCACCAACUAGCUAGAUUUAGCUAGCUACAAUUUGCACGACUUCACCAAGGCAUCUGUCUGCUAGCUUUAGAAGUUGGAUAGGUAGCUAGCAGUGUUUGGCUUAACAAAUGUAAUUAGGUAAAUGCAAAGCGAAACACCUGGCUAGUACUGUACUUCCAAAUGUGUGGUUUCAUUUGUACCAGUUUGCAAAUUGUCUUAGUUAUAUUUCAGGGACGUUGUCUUUCCAAACACUUUUUUAUAACGUACAUUGGUUUCACAGCCUUAUUUUAGUAUACAUUCUUAAAGCAAAUAUACGUGUUUUAAUGUUAAUGAAGACAAUGCAAUUAAAAUAGUCGUCACUUUCAACCAGAUUGCCUCACUGUAGUAUAUUUGCACUGUCACAUGUUGACAUCUUUAUUUUUAAAUAAUAUGUAUGUAUGAAAUGGUAAAGUUGUGUUGGCUAAUGAGCUGUAGAAAUCUAGUGGACCUGAAAAUUUAGAGGUCAACAGAAGCACUGACCAUUUAACCUUGUUAAAUCUACUAUAUCAAGCUGUUUAUGUUUAGCAGGUUCUGUAGAGUUAGUUUGUAAAGCACUAAAUAUUUAACAAUAUUGUCAUGAGUUUUAUCACACAAACCACUUGAUUGAUAUUUAUUCACCCUGCAUUUGGGAAUAUUUGGCGUUAUAGUCAAAUUGUCUAGCAUAACAUUGUGUUCAGAUUGUAUUUGUGAGAAACAAUGAGUGGCCAUGGCUCAUUAUCAGAAAAGGAAAUUAACACCAGUCCAAUUUGUCAGGAGAGCUAUGUUUGUGAGGGUUCAGGAGAUGCUGCUUUUGAAUGUGAUGAGUGUAAAAGCUUGCAAUGUGUUCAGUGUGAAAAGCAACUCCACAGUCGAGAGGGAAUGCAAAACCACAAACGGGUCAAAAUUGACCCAGGGCAUGUACCCUACUGUGACAGUUGCAAAAGAGGGAAGGAAGGAACAGUAAACGGCCACCGCAACAGGUCUGUUGUCCGCUGCCAGAACUGCAAAGUCAACUUGUGCCACCAAUGUCGGAAAAGCACCCACAAUGGAGGUAACAAGAAGAAGCACCAACUCACCACCUAUCCCACAACCAAACCUGCAGAGCACAACUUGACUCCACAAAAACCUACAGAGGUCAACUCAAACCCUCCUCCCAGAUCUACAGAGGUCAACUCAAACCCUCCUCCCAGAUCUACAGAGGUCAACUCAAACCCUCCUCCCAGAUCUACAGAUGUCACCUCAAACCCUCCUCCCAGAUCUACAGAGGUCACCUCAAACCCUCCUCCAAGAUCUACAGAGGUCACCUCAAACCCUCCUCCCAGAUCUACAGAGGUCACCUCAAACCCUCCUCCCAGAUCUACAGAGGUCACCUCAAACCCUCCACCAAAACCUGAACAUGUCAACUCAGACCUUCCCUGCAAACCUGCAGAGAUCAAAGCAACACCUCACUCAAAAUAUGUGAAUGUUAAAUCAAUCUCUCCACCAAAACCUAUACAGGUCAACUUAAUCCCUCCAUCUAAACGAGCAGAUCUCCAGUUAAGCUCAGUGGUAGAUGAGGCAGAUGUCCAGAAGGCAAAACAUCUGGAGGAAGUCUGCAGCUUUCUUCUGGUUGAUGCAAAUGAAGAGAUGCAGAUAACGGACGAAGGUGUGUUUGUGAAGAAAUUGAACUGCAAGCCUGACAAGCUGAUCAAGGUGGUGUCCAUCUUUGGCAACACAGGAGAGGGCAAGUCCCACACAUUGAACCACACUUUCUUCAUGGGCAGAGAGGUGUUCAAGACCUCGCCCACGCAGGAGUCCUGCACGGUUGGGGUUUGGGCGGCCUUUGACCCCAUCCACAAGGUGGUGGUCAUUGACACAGAGGGCCUGCUUGGUAACAGUUUAAACCAAGGCCAAAGAACACGGCUCUUGCUCAAGGUGCUAGCUAUUUCUGACCUCAUAAUUUACCGCACCCAUGCUGACCGUCUCCAUGACGACCUCUUCAAGUUCCUGGGUGAUGCUUCCGAUGCCUAUCUGAAGCAUUUCACCAAGGAGCUGAAAGCCACUACGUCCCGCUGUGGCCUGGAUGUGCCUCUUUCCACUCUGGGCCCAGCCGUCGUCAUCUUCCAUGAGACUGUCCACACCAAGCUGCUGGGUUCAGACAACUUAUCAGAGUCUGUGGAUCGACUGCUUCUUGAGCGCUUUAGGAAGCUGGGACGUUUUCCAGAGGCCUUCAGCUCCAUAAAGUACCGUGGCACACGUACCUGCAGCCCACCGACAGACUUCGGUGGCCUGCAACGCAUCCUGGAGCAGCUCCUGGACAGCAAUGCCACCCGCUCCCCACGCUCCCCAGUUGUCAUCUUCAAAGCGCUGCAGGCCUUGAGCGAACGCUUCAACGGGGAGAUAACUGAUGACCUCAUUGCCCACAACUGUUUCUUUCCCGAUGAGUACUUCACCUGCUCCUGCCUCUGUCUCAGUUGCAGCUCUGGCUGCAAGAACAGCAUGAAUCAUCUUGGAGAGGGGCUGUGUCAUGAGGCAAAGCACCGCUGCCGCUACUCCCCUCAACAUGAUAAUCGCGUCUACACCUGCAAGGCCUGUUAUGAAGAUGGCAAGGAGGUAGUUGUUAUUCCCAAGACUUCUGCCUCCUCGGACUCUCCAUGGCUGGGCCUUGCCAGAUAUGCCUGGUCUGGGUAUGUCAUUGAAUGUCCUAACUGUGGGGUGAUCUAUCGGAGUCGCCAGUACUGGUUCGGGAACCAGGACCCAGUGGAUACUGUAGUACGAACUGAAAUCCAGCAUAUUUGGCCUGGGGUGGAUGGAUUCCUGAAGGACAACAGCAAUGCUGCUCAGCGUCUUCUGGAUGGCGUUAACUUCAUGGCCCAGUCUGUUUCAGAACUUAGCGUGAAGCCUGCCAAGGCUGUCACAUCUUGGCUAACAGAUCAGAUCGCCCCGGCCUACUGGAAACCCAACUCCCUCAUCCUGACAUGCCUUAAGUGCCAAGAGGUCUUCCAAGACAACGACACCAAGCAUCACUGCCGUGCCUGUGGGGAGGGGUUCUGUGACGCCUGCUCAUCCAAAGCCACUCCCGUUCCAGAGAGAGGCUGGGGUCCGGCGCCUGUGAGAGUCUGUGAUGCCUGUUAUGAGUUGAGGGUCACACACACAGAGCUACUGGAUGGCGAGAUUGAAGACGAGGAAGGUGGAAACUUAGCCAGGAAGGUUGGAGAAGCGGUGUCAAACACACUGGGCGCUGUGGUCACUGCCAUUGACAUCCCACUAGGUCUGGUAAAAGAUGCAGCGCGUCCCGCCUACUGGGUGCCUGACCAGGAUAUCCUCGCCUGCCACAACUGCCAUCGCGACUUCACUGCCAAGCUCUCCAAGCACCACUGUCGCGCCUGCGGGCAAGGCGUUUGUGAUGAGUGCUCCCCGGAGCGCCGACCCGUUCCUUCGCGAGGGUGGGACCACCCCGUCCGUGUUUGUGUGAACUGUAACCAGAAACCUGGAGAUCUUUAACGGGGCAGGCCUUUCCUUAUAACGCUGGACUGAACCACACUCAACCCUCUGCCCCUUAUGCACCUCUAUUAUUGAAAUGGUUCUGUCCCAUGUCUGGCAAAGAUGUUGUAAGUAGAUUUAGUUGUAGGGUUUCUGAUGUCAAGUCCAACACAGGGACUUGUAGGCCUUUGUAUUUUGUCCUUAUCGGAAUUGUGAGAAAUUAGGAUAUUUUGUGCUCCUCCACCCAAAUCACUUAUUUUUGGGAUGAUGGUUUAAAAAUAUUUUUCUACCAUGAAAAUGUUCUUUUUUUUUUGUAAACCUUUUAUUUUGACAGACAUUGGAAAUUACAUUUGUAUCAUGUUACUUUUAAUUUGAUGUGAGCCCUGCGGGGUUUUUAUUUAUCUGAAGGCAUUUGUUUUUCAGAUUGCAUAUAAUACUGCGGUCAUUACUUCAGGUUCAUUGCAUGCUGUACUACAUUAUUGAAAAUGUUCAUUAUGUCUGUUGCAGCUGUAUAAAGCUGCUGCUUAUCAUUGCAAAGAAAAAAACUAAACAAAUACCGACAUUAGCUUUUCACUGAGAUUUGAGUUUGCAUGAAAACCUAUGUAUCACAUUUUGCAAACAGUCUGUUUGGCAACCCCAGAUUUAGUAUAUUUGGUCUGCAAUAAGAAUUUUAGGUUACAGUUUUUCUGUUGUUAGUACAUAUAUAUUUUCAUCUGAGGUUAUGGUUGUAUGAAAACAUGGAAUUAUGCUACAAUAGUGUGAAUUCUGAAUUUGAAAUAUGUGAAAUUAUUUAUUUUGGGGUGAAAAAGGUUAAACGUAUUAAGUCUGAAAGAUGAUUUUAGGUAUUCACAGGGUGGUCUCAUAAAAUAAUGACUUAACCUUAAAACAAAUACUUAACUUCUGCUAUUAUUUGAGUUUGGGUGGUAUUUUGUUAGGUGUGUACAUAUAAUAUGCGCCUAAAAUUUGAGGCUGGGUCAGUUACUUCCAUUUGUUAGAGUCUUGUUGGGUUGAGCUACGUUUUGUUGAAUCUCCUAGAAACCAGUGUAACAUACCAAAUGCAAGCCUUCAGAGUGCCAUAAAAAUGGGGUGAUUGGGCAAUCAACUCAGCA